AUGGCCGACCAGCAGAACCAGCCUCAGGCCGCCCCCGUUGACGAGACUCCCAUCUCCCCCAUCCGCCCGGACAACGCCCGCAGAAAUUCCCUCGAGAAGCACCUCCAGCAGCGUCCAGAACGUGCUGAGCUCAUCGAGCGUGAGCCCUACCAUCUUUCAGGGAACAUCCUCCCCGCUUCCACAGCAGCUCCCGGCCUGCAGGCUCAGCAGAAGGAGCUCGAGAAACACAUGCGCGCCGACUCCCUCAACGAGAAGAUUGCCCACCGCCCCAGCCCCGACGAGCUGAUCAAGAAAGGAGUCCUGGGCGCCGACGAGGACCCCCGGUCUCCGGACGAGAAGUACCAAGAGGCCAUCGAGGAGGAGUAUGCCAAGCGUGAAGGCGGUGCGUAG